AUGACGACGCCCUCUGCGCCCCUUCCCCGGUCAAUGCUCGGACGCCAUCGGCUCCUCGCCCCGAGCGCCAGCGUCCACGUCAGUCCGCUGUGCCUGGGCGGGAUGAACUUUGGCGACGCCUGGUCCGGCGUCAUGGGCGAGUGUACCAAGGAGACGGCGUUUGAGAUCCUCGACUAUUUUUACGAGAUGGGUGGGAAUUUCAUUGACACGGCGAACAACUACCAGGCCGAACAGUCCGAGAUGUGGAUCGGGGAGUGGCUCGAGCUCCACGGCCCCUACCGACGGGACGAGAUGGUCAUCGCGACAAAGUACUCGUCGGCGUACAAGGUCUUCUCGGAGCCCCAGCUCCAGCAGUCCAAUUUCGGGGCCAACAGCACCAAGUCGCUGGUUUUGAGCGUCGACGCGUCCCUGAAGAAGCUCCGGACGAGCUACAUCGACCUGCUGUACGUCCAUUACUGGGACUUCACCACGGGGGUGGAGGAGAUGAUGCAGUCGCUCAACCAGCUGGUGCGGAGCGGCAAGGUGCUGUACCUGGGCAUCAGCGACACGCCCGCCUGGGUGGUGGCCAAGGCCAAUGCGUACGCACGGCACCACGGCCUCAGACCCUUCAGCGUCUACCAGGGCCGCUGGUCGGCCGCGCAACGUGACUUUGAGAGGGACAUCAUCUCCAUGUGCCGCGACGAGGGGAUGGGGCUUGCACCCUGGGGGGCCCUCGGGGGCGGCUACUUCAAGCCCUCGUCCACGUCGCAAGAAGGCGGCCGCAACAUGGCAUCGGUCAACACGGGCCGGGAAGCCCAAGUAUCUCUCGUCCUCGAGAAGAUCGCCAACGCGCGCACGCCCGCCGUGCCUCUCACCUCGAUCGCCCUCGCGUACGUCAUGCACAAGACGCCGUACGUGACGCCCAUCGUCGGCGGACGCAAACUCGCCCACCUCCGCCAGAACAUCGACGCCCUGACCAUCCGCCUCUCGCCGCAGGAGCUUGACGACAUCGAGGCCGCGUACCCCUUCGAUGUCGGGUUCCCCAUGAACUUCAUCGCGGGAAAUGAUCCCCGCGGUCCCGUGCGCGGCGCCGCGGACGUCGCAUUCACCAAGAGGAUUGGGCAUUUCGACUUUGUCCAGGGGUCACAGCCCAUUUUGCCGCCGCUAGGAGUGGACAAGUUGAGCGAGGCGGAGAGGGCGGAGGUGCUGGGGUAUAGACUGCAAUAG